GAGCUAGUGUACAAUUGACUUGAUUUGAUUUGUAUUUCUAUUGGUUUCCGCCCAUUGGAGAAAUCAAAUGUUUCCAUUUACCUGAUGUACCAUUUCAUCCCCCUUUCUUUCUUUCCCCUCUCUUGAGAAUCUCUAUCAAUGAGAGACAUCAUGCUACUCUUUGCAAUUUCAAUCGUCUUUUUAAUUCUUGUAUUCUCUGCCAGUUAUUGCGAAGCCGACUGUCCCCCUACUUCUUGCGGCAGUAUCACAAACAUUAGCUACCCGUUUCGACUUAGAGGCGACCCCAAAAAUUGUGGCCAUUCGAGCUACGAACUUGCUUGCGAGAACAAUCGCACUAUCCUCUAUCUAAGUACAGGCAGAUUCUUCGUGCAGACAAUUUCUUACAAUAACUUUUCAAUUCGACUACUUGAUCCUGGUCUGGAAAAAACAAGUUGUGCUUCAUUUCCAAUUAACAAUCUUCCAUCAGAUUCCUCAUUAGCAUCGGACGAUUCUGAGCCAUAUUAUAUUCUGGAAUAUAAUCCUAUAAUAUAUAUCCACUGUGAAGCUCCUGGAAAGUCUCCUUACUAUGUUGAUACAUGCAUUUGCAGUAAAAAUAUUUCGCUGCAGAAAUAUUCCUAUCUUUUAGUCGGAGUUGGCGUCAGUGUUGCAGGUUUAGAGGAUUCCUGCAGGAUUGACGCGAUGGCGUGGACUUCAAAAGGAUUUCCCAUAGGUUAUAAUGCCACCUGUUCAGACAUUCAAGAUGGGCUGGCUUACGGAUUUGAGCUUAUGUGGAACAGAUUCUAUUGCAGCGAAUGUUUUGCAAAAAAAGGACAUUGUUUUGUUAAAGAUGACAAUACCAUCGGAUGCUCACAUUCCGGUUCAUUCCAUUUCUGGUUGCGGAUCUACUUAGAACUACGAUACAUCUGGAUUGUGUAUCAUAUGAAGCUGUUCCAUAUCCUAGGAUGGAUUCUUGCAGCAAGAUUUUCUUGUGGCAUUCUCUUCCUGUUCACAUUGUUGGCAUAUAAAUUUCGAAGGCGGCACCUCUCAAUGUAUGACAACAUUGAAGAAUUCCUACAAAUCCAGAACAACUUCAUGCCAAUAAGAUAUUCAUACAAACAUUUGAAGAGUAUGACUAAGAAUUUUAAGGACAAGUUGGGAGAAGGAGGCUACGGCACUGUAUUUAAAGGUCAGCUUAGAAGUGGCCCUUUAGUUGCAAUAAAAUUGAUGGGAAAAAGCAAAGCUAGUGGACAGGAAUUUAUCAAUGAAGUGGCUACCAUUGGAAGAAUUCACCAUGUCAACGUGGUUCGACUCAUUGGCUUCUGUGUUGAAGGUUCAAAACGUGCUUUGAUAUAUGAGUUUAUGCCAAAUGGUUCUCUUGAAAAGUACAUUUUCCCUCAAGAAGUUACAGUUUUCUUGAGCUACGGUAAAAUCUUCGAGAUUGCUCUUGGGGUGGCCAAAGGGGUUGAUUAUUUGCAUCGAGGUUGUGACAUGCAAAUUCUACAUUUUGACAUAAAACCACACAACAUUCUCCUCGACCAUAAUUUCAUUCCUAAAAUUUCCGACUUCGGGCUAGCAAAAUUGUAUCCAGCGGAAGAAAAUAUGGUAUCACUAACUGCAGCAAGAGGUACAAUGGGAUACAUGGCUCCAGAAAUGUUCUAUAGAAACAUCGGAAGAGUUUCUUACAAAUCAGAUGUUUAUAGUUUCGGAAUGCUGUUGAUGGAAAUGGCAAGUAAAAGAAGAAAUUUGAAUCCGUCUGUAGAAAAUAUAAGCCAAAUUUAUUUCCCUUGUUGGGUUCAUGACACGCUCAACAAAGGAGUGGAAAUUGAUUUGGGGGAUGCUUCUUUGGAUGAAAGAAUAAUGGUGAAGAAAAUGACACUUGUAGCCUUGUGGUGCAUACAGAUGAAACCUGACGAUCGUCCUUCCAUGACUAAAGUUUUAGAGAUGCUUGAAGGAGAUGUCGAGUUGUUGCAAUUACCUCCAAAGCCAUUCCUCUCUCCAGAAGAAAUGCCGGAAACAGUGAUAUAGACAUGAAUUAUAGGGAGUUUCUGUUGUUGUCUGGUAGUUUUGAUUAACAAAACAAGUCUAAAGCGCAUUGAAAUUUGGGGUAAUAUGAUAUCAACUAUGACUUGUAUCAAAGUGCAAUUGCAUCGA